AAAGAGGAUUGGCAUGCCUAUCCUGGCAAAAUUCCAAAAUAUUUUAUUGUUGCCCUUAUCUCAAUAUCUAUCAAGUAUGUAUUAAAACAAGGGUAAAGCACUCUGAUGACACUGAACUGAAAAUAAUGGAAGACCUGAAGCCCUCCCCUCCAAACUCAUCUCCUCUUACUCCCCUCAGCUUUCUAGAAAGAUCAGCCACCGUCUACGGUGACUGCCCCUCUCUUAUUUACAACGAUACCACCUACACGUGGACGCAGACCCACCGUCGAUGCCUCCGAGUCGCUUCCUCUAUAUCAUCGCUCGGCAUCAAGAGCCGCCAUGUGGUGUCUGUUCUCUCUCCCAACACCCCUGCCAUGUACGAGCUCCACUUCGCCGUCCCCAUGUCCGGCGCUAUCCUUAACACCAUCAACCUCCGCCUCGACACCCGCACCAUCUCCAUACUCCUGCGCCACAGCGAAUCAAAACUCGUCUUCGUCGACCACCAAUCGGGAUCCCUCGUCCUCGACGCCAUCUCUCUCUUCCCGCCCGACACCCCGAAACCUCUCCUCGUCCUCAUUGCCGACGAUGCUGACGCACCCCAACGCACACCGCUCGAUCGUUUCCUCUGCAUGUACGAGGACAUGGUCGAGAGAGGCGAUCAGGACUUCGAGUGGGUUCCGCCGACCAGCGAGUGGGACCCGAUGACCCUCAACUACACAUCGGGGACCACGUCGUCGCCGAAGGGCGUGGUUCACUGCCACAGAGGCGUCUUCAUAAUGGCCGUCGAUUCCCUGAUCGAUUGGGGCGUUCACAAAGAGCCGGUCUACUUGUGGACCCUACCGAUGUUCCACGCCAACGGCUGGAGCUAUCCGUACGGGAUCGCCGCGCUUGGCGGAACCAACAUAUGCCUCCGCAAAUUCGACGCCCAAAUCAUCUACGCCAUGAUUAAACGACACCGUGUAACUCACAUGUGCGGCGCACCCGUGGUGCUCAACAUGCUCACAAACGUCCCUCCGGGAACCGAAAAGCUCGAGAACCCGGUUCAGAUCUUGACCGCCGGAGCUCCACCACCGGCAGCGGUUCUGCUCCGGACCGAAUCGAUGGGGUUCGUGGUGAGCCACGGGUACGGGUUGACAGAAACGGCGGGGCUAGUGGUGUCGUGUGCGUGGAAGGAGAAGUGGAAUUUGUUGCCGGCGAGUGAAAGAGCGAGGCUAAAGGCGAGGCAAGGAGUGAGAACGGUUGUGCUGACUCGAAUCGACGUGGUGGAUCCGAACUCGGGGCGGAGUGUGAAACGCGACGGUUUGUCGCUUGGGGAGGUCGUUUUGAGAGGAGGAUCUGUGAUGCUGGGUUAUUUGAAGGACCAAUCGGGGACGGCCAAGUGUAUGAAAGGCGGAUGGUUUUACACCGGUGACGUGGGGGUGAUGCAUGCCGAUGGCUAUUUGGAAAUUAAGGACAGAUCAAAGGACGUGAUUAUAAGCGGGGGCGAGAAUCUGAGCAGCGUGGAGGUUGAGUCGGUGCUCUAUACGCACCCGGCGGUGAACGAAGCUGCGGUGGUGGCGAAGCCUGACGAGUUUUGGGGGGAGACGCCGUGCGCGUUUGUGAGCAUAAAGAGUGACGCAAGUCCUAAGCCGACGGAGAAGGAGAUGAUGGAGUAUUGUAGGGGAAGGCUGCCUCACUACAUGGUGCCCAAAACGGUGGUGUUUAAGGAGGAGCUGCCCAAGACGUCGACUGGGAAGAUUCAGAAGUUUGUGCUCAGAGAGAUGGCCAAAGGGAUUGGGUCGUCCGGCAGCAGGGUGAGCAGGAUGUAAUUAGUCAAUUAAUUUAAUUAAUUAAGGAACGAUAAUGAUUUGAUUUUGAUGGGGGGAGAUUCUGUUUAGGUACGACAAGUGCUACCUAUCGUUUUUUGUAAUUUUCUAUGAAUUUUCAAAUUGACAUAUAAUUUAAUAUUCCUC